AUGACUGUUGAGUUGAAGCGAAACCUACUCGAAUCAUCUGUUGAAGACAUUGAUCUUGAAUCCAAGAAACAGAGGGUCGACAAUGACGUCGAUCAGAACACAAGUAGUGUAGACGAAGAUAUUGAUUAUGAAGAAGACUAUGAUGAAGUGAACGAUGUACCUAUAGAUUCAGGCAACUCUUUAUUCAAUAACAACGCUAAAUGGCAAGAAACUAUCUCCAAAGUUGUUAAGUCGGUGGUCUCAAUUCAUUUCUCGCAAGUCGCACCUUUCGAUUCAGAAGCUGCCUUGGUGUCGGAAGCAACAGGUUUCAUUGUUGAUGCAAAACUCGGUAUCAUCUUAACAAACAGACACGUUGUGGGUCCAGGUCCAUUCAUCGGAUACGCCAUUUUCGACAAUCACGAAGAGUGUGAUGUCAUCCCUAUCUAUCGCGACCCAGUUCAUGAUUUUGGGUUCUUGAAGUUUGAUCCAUCGAAGUUGAAAUAUAUCGAGGUCACUGCACUAGAGUUGAAACCAUCUUUGGCCAAGGUUGGUUCUGAAAUCCGUGUUGUUGGUAACGAUGCUGGUGAAAAAUUGAGUAUCUUGUCAGGGUUCAUCAGUAGACUUGACAGAAAUGCACCAGACUAUGGUGAGCUAACGUAUAAUGAUUUUAAUACUGAAUAUAUUCAAGCUGCUGCUGCUGCAUCAGGUGGUUCUUCUGGUUCUCCAGUUAUUACUGUAGAGGGGUAUGCGGUCGCUUUACAGGCCGGUGGCUCUUCGGAGGCUUCUACAGAUUUCUUUUUGCCUCUUGAUCGAGUCGUCAGAGCUCUACAAUGCGUACAAACGGAUAAACCAAUCACCAGAGGUACUAUCCAAACUCAGUGGGUAUUGAAACCAUUCGAUGAAUGUAGAAGACUUGGAUUAAGUGAAGAUCGUGAGAAGGAAGCUCGUAAGAGGUUCCCGGGUAAAACUGGUUUGCUGGUGGCUGAGGCUAUUCUCAGAGAGGGACCAGCUUAUAAUAAAGUUCAAGAGGGUGACACAUUAAUUUCUAUUAAUGGCACACCAAUAUGUUCAUUUAUUCAAGUUGAUAACAUUCUAGAUAGCAGUGUAGGAGAUGAGAUAAUCAUUGUGGUUCAAAGGGGUUCCAAAGAUAUUUCCUUCAGAUGCACUGUUGGUGACCUGCAUAUUAUUACUCCUUCACGUUAUGUCGAGGUGUGUGGUGCUAAUUUCCAUGAGCUUUCGUACCAAAUGGCUAGAUGCUAUGCGUUACCUGUAAAAGGCGUUUUCGUGGCAAGUGCCACUGGAUCGUUCGAUUUGGAUCCAAAGGAGAAAACUGGAUGGGUUAUUGAUUUUGUAGAUAAUAAAGAAACACCAACUCUAGACGACUUUAUAGAAGUCAUGAAAACAAUUCCUGACGAAAAAAGAGUAAUCGUGAAAUUCCAUAACUUGACAGAUGUUCAAACACAAAGAAUAACCAGUGUUUAUAUUGACCGUCAUUGGUGCAGUGAGUUCCGAAUCUAUACUAGAAAUGACAAAACAGGUAUUUGGGAUUAUGAAAAGAUCACUGAGAAAUUACCACCACUUCCAAUAAAACCACAGAAAGCUAAGAUUUUAGAUCUACCGAUUAAUGAUAAUAAAAAACUUGCAAAAAUGUCACAUAGUCUAUGUGUUGUACAUUCGGUUAUUGCUAUCACCAUGGACUCCAUGGAACCCGAACCCACAAACGGAUGUGGUUUAGUACUCGAUGCUGAGAAGGGAUAUGUUAUUGUUUCACGUAGUUUUGUUCCUCAUGACUGUUUGAACACGUUUGUCUCGUUCGCUGAAUCCAUUCUUGUACCUGCUAAAGUUGUAUUCUUACAUCCUACCCAAAAUUACGCUAUUGUUCAAUAUGAUCCAUCUUUAGUUGACGCCCCAGUAUGCACACCAGUGCUAGCUAAUGAAAGGCUUGAAAGAGGAGACGAAACUAAUUUCAUUGGUUACAUGUACUCAAACACUUUAAUCAGUUCCAAGACUAAAGUCAAUGGCAUCUCUUCUCUGAGUGUUCCUAACGACAUCAUUCCUAGGUAUAGAGCAACCAAUCUAGAAGUCAUCUCCAUUGAUUCGAAUAUAAGCACCAAAUGUAAAUCAGGAAUAUUAGCGGCAGAUGAUGGUACAGUGAGAGCAAUCUGGUUAUCCUGCAUGGGUAACAAGGAAAAACUGUAUUUAAUGGGUUUAGACGUAGUGGAUAUCAAAGAAGUUGUAGAUAUUCUCAGGGCUGGUAAGAAUCCUAAGGUUUCUAUUGUGGACGCAGGAUUUGAUUCCAUCUCAUUAUUGCAGGCUAGAAUCAGAGGUGUUCCUGAAGAAUGGAUUAAGAUGAUGGAAGAAGAAUCAGAAAACAGAUUACAAUUCAUCAGUGUCACCAGAAACUCCUAUACAACAAUAAAGGAAAGGCUCGAGCCUGGUGAUAUUAUCUUAUCAGUUAAUGGGAAACUGGUAAAAAGAAUGAGGGAUAUUGGUGGUGUCGUGGGGACUGAUGACGAUACGGAUAUCGAAUCUGAGUUGUUAUUCAAGGUUGUAAGAGAUGCGAAGGUUAUCGAUUUGAAAAUAAAAACUGUACAAAUUGAAGAAACCACUAGAAUUGUCGUAUUCGCAGGUUGCGUACUACAAGCUCCUCAUCAUGCCGUGCGUCAAGUAAAAACGUCUAUUCCUAGUGAAGUAUAUGCGGUUUCUCGUGGUACAUCUUCUUUGGCGUUACAGUACGGAAUAGAAGUGACCAACUUUAUCACACACGUCAAUGACCAAUCAACACCUGAUUUGGAUACAUUCUUGAAGGUUGUUAAAGAAAUCCCAGAUAAUACAUACUGCAAGUUACGCUUAAUGACAUUUGACGAUGUUCCGUUUGCCAUUUCCUUAAAGACAAACUAUCACUACUUCCCAACGGUAGAAUUAAGAAAGAAUCCAAAAACAGGUAGUUGGAUCGAGAAUGAUAUCUCGGAGACUUAA